GUGCUUUGUGGGAUUUGGGAAAUGUUUAUUUACCCUUUUCCAGUUUCAUAUCUACACGUGCCUUUUUGUUUACGUAAACUCUUCAUACACGUGCACUGUGAUGGGUUUGAGCUCUGGAACGUUUGAACGCUGUCGUCAUUGUGACGUCAUGGGAACUCGUUCUAAAGAACGCAAUUGAAGUCGAGAUUAGACGGAAUAAACAAAACACAGCGAAAGGAUGAGCACAACAGAAGAAACAGUAAUGUCGUUUGCUCCAGACUCAAGGAGCAGUCCAACAAGGAAAGAUUUCUCUCAGCAAACCGCAGAAGCUGAGGAAGUUCUGGCACACGGGAAAAAUAGCUUGCAUGCCACCAAAAUAGAGAGCAUUCAACUGCCUUCCAUUAGCACCAUCAAAUCAACUGCUCCUAUAAUAAUUGUAGAAGAGCUUGAACGAGCAGGUGCCGUACUUUCAGCAAAGAUCCCUGAGAAACCAAAACUUCUCCCAAGGAGGCAGAGAACGGAGCCAAAUAGAAUUUCCCCAGUCAAGACAGAUGAUCAGUUGUCUGACAUCAUGGAACCAGCAAAGAGCACACACAUGAAGAAAUAUUCAGCAGCACAUGAGGGGAAGGUAACAUUCAACCUUGCGGAGAAUAUGUACUUCAGCGAUACAGAGGACAGUUGUUAUUCUCCCGAGGCUUCAGUUAUUGAGGUAUCUCAAAUAAGAGCCGACAUUACUGAUGCUGUCCUGGAAUACGUCACCUCUACAUCAUUCAAGAAUCAGCUCAGUCUGCGGAUUAUUAACGACAUUGAUGCUAAUAUAGCAAAAGCCGUGUCCCAGGUUCAGAGGAAAGAGCAUGCCCAAAGAUUCGCUACAGCAAAAGAUAGGGAAGAAUACCUCUCCCAGGAGCAACAAUCAAGCAACAUUCUGUCCACACCUGGGUUUAGUGAGGGUAUUGCUUCUGUGAUUGGCUUUGCACUGAUGGAAGUAAGAGAAGACAUGAAAAAUAAUUUUACAAGCCAGUCACACGAACUUAGAACAGAAUCACCAUCAGCAUGCAACUUUGUAAAUGAAAUAGUGGGCAAUGUCUUUGACAGCAUGCUUGAAUCCUUGUUACCCAUGAAUGAUGAUCACUGUCAUCCGAACUGGGAUGUUAGCACUAAUGAGGAUUCUAGCAUGACUGAUAAUCUUUUUAUUCACGAGUCUGAUGCAGUGAUUGAGAAUGACCCUCUGACCUCAAGAGUUGAAUCUGACACGGAUUUGGCUGAAAGCGUUCUUGAGGUCGUUGCUUCUUCUGAGGAAACCAUUCCUUCUGACAUUACCUCUCAAGGGGUUCACCAGGAACAUGCUAAGCCUGUCCCUUCACCACCUUCUGGUGAUAAGCCAAAUGCCAAAAGAGUAUGUGCCAGGAGAAGGGUACGCUUUGAAAAAGCCAGUUCUUGUCCAGACAUUGUAAGAAGUGGCAUACCUGAUCAGUCUCAACAAAAAGAGAGUGAAGUCAAGCAUAGCCAUUCUCUAACUGGCAUAGACAGGCUGUGAGGAAGGGAUCAUGAGACCUUAACAAAUACACUGACCACAGAGAGACUAGCAUCAACCAGUCAGCUCCAAGAACCAUCAACCUAAACUUCUGACCUAAACUGAUAUUCUGUCACCAUUUUCCACACUGCCAAUAUUCAUGCAUAAAACAAGAAACAUACUGUAGCAACAUAAACAUAGGUUAAAUAAAUACAGCUAAACUAAAAUAUAAAAAAGAAAUGUUGUUUCUUUCUUUCCCAAGAAUUAAUGGGAAAAAAAUCAUUAUUUUGAUAAGAGAGUAUGAUAAUUGUGAGGAAAGAACAUGUCAUAAAUCUUAAUCUUACACUGUAAAAACGUCCUGUAAAAUUACAGUAACAUACCGGCAGCAGGAUUUCCAACUGUUUAAUGUCAUUUGGUGUCUACACUAUAUUCUGAAUUAAAGUUUUUUAUUGUUUUAA